CGGCACUUGACAUAGUGUAAUUGUGUGUGUGUGUGUGCGCGUGUGCGUGUGUGUGUGUAACUUUGCUCUGUUUCAGAGUGGCUUAUGCUACUCUGAUUUCCUGUGUUUAUGAGGAAAGAGAGAGUGAGAGAGCGAGUGAGUGAGAGACUCCGUGUGGCUACGUUUGUAGGAAGUACUGGCAGCAGUUGCAAAGUUUGAAAGCUAGCUUUGACAUCUCUUGGAUCUCUCUGGGUUAAAAAACUACUGCAUGCAAUGCCGUCUUUUGAUGAGGUGUUAAAAGAAGCUGGGGAAUUUGGAAGGUUCCAAAAGAGGGUCUUUUUCCUCCUUUGCCUGACAGGCAUAACUUUUUCUUUUCUAUUUGUUGGAGUGGUAUUUCUUGGGCACACUCCAGAGUUGUAUUGGUGCAGGAUCCCCGGUGCAGCAGACUUAAGCAAGAAAUGUGGAUGGACCCUUGAAGAGGAAAAGAACUUAACUAUUCCAUCUCUGAAUCUGGUGAACAGGUCUUCCAAUGGGCAAUGUGAGAGAUUUGACAUUGACUGGAACAACAUCUCCGUGAGCUGUGCCAACCCACUGGCCCACUUUACCAAUCACAGCUUGGGCAGUGUGCCACUUAUCACAUGCCAGAAUGGCUGGGUGUACAGGCAACCCCAUUCAUCCAUCGUAAGCGAGUACAACCUUGUAUGUGACAACGCCUGGCUUCUAGAUCUAACACAAGGUGUUCUCAAUCUGGGAUUUCUGGCAGGAGCAUUCACCCUAGGCUAUGCUGCAGACAGAUAUGGCCGAAUCCUUGUUUAUCUCUUCUCCUGCCUUGGGGUAGGUGUGUGCGGUAUCGUUGUGGCCUUUGCACCAAACUUUUCCAUAUUUUUGAUCUUUCGCUUCCUCCAGGGUGUAUUUGGAAAGGGGACCUGGAUGACAUGCUAUGUUAUUGUGACAGAAAUGGUUGGCUCAGAUCAGCGGCUUGUUGGAAUUGUGAUACAAAUGUUCUUCACCCUUGGAAUUAUGAUUCUUCCUGGAAUUGCUUACUUGAUUCCCACAUGGCAGGGAAUUCAGCUGGCCAUCACACUGCCCAACUUCCUUUUCCUGCUCUAUUACUGGGCAGUUCCUGAAUCUCCACGAUGGCUGCUGACACGCAAAAAAGGAGAAAAGGCAUUAAAAAUUAUGCACACCAUUGCCAAGCACAAUGGGCGAUGUCUCUCCCCACAUUACUCUGAGAUUACAGUUACCAAUGAAGAGGUUACUAAUCCCUCAUUCUUUGAUCUGGUCCGAACUCCCCAGAUGAGACGAUACACACUGAUUCUUAUGUAUGCCUGGUUCACAAGUGCCCUGGUUUACCAAGGGCUGGUCAUGCGCCUAGGAAUUGCAGGAGGAAACCUCUACCUCGACUUUUUCAUUUCAGGAGCUGUGGAAUUACCUGCAGCUCUCUUGAUUUUACUGACAAUCGAUCGCAUUGGCCGGCGCCUCCCUUUUGUGAUAAGCAAUAUAGUGGCAGGAGUGGCGUGCUUAAUUACUGCGCUCUUACCAGAAGAUAUCAAGUGGUUGAAAACCUCAGUAGCCACACUGGGAAGACUGGGAAUCACCAUGGCCUUUGAAAUUGUGUAUCUCGUGAACAGUGAAUUGUAUCCUACAACAUUAAGAAACUUUGGUGUUUCCGUGUGUUCGGGUUUCUGUGAUAUAGGCGGCUUCAUAGCCCCAUUCCUGCUCUUCCGAUUAGCAGCCAUCUGGUUGGAGCUACCGCUAAUCAUUUUCAGUAUACUUGCCACUGUUUGUGGGCUCCUAGUAUUGUUUCUGCCUGAGACAAAGGGAAUCUCGUUACCAGAGACAGUGGAAGAUGUGGAACAGCUUCCGAGUCUCUCCGGUAGAAAUGGCAGGAAAAAGAAACAUCAAGAUACCACCUCUUAUAUUUGAUCUUUCACUAAAGGCACUGAGCGAAACUUCCUGUUCACACACUGGGAAUUUGGUUUCCAUUUGGUUCCAUUUUAAAGUCUACAGUCAAGGAUACAUUGAAGCUGUACUGCAGCUGCAAGUGCUUCUUUCUAGCCUAGAGACAUUAAAAAUAAGGAAUGUAUUUUUAUAUGACUACAGAAUAAACACCUAUUUUCUGAGUUUUUUGUUUCCA